AUGGCGACCGCACAGACAACUAACGCUAACGGUGUGAGGCACAGAUGCGUCUUAGGCCAUAAAAUGGAUGACCUGACAAAUCCUGUUGGUAUCGAAUCAAAGACGGAUGAUGCGGCGCAGUGGCACAAGCAUGUGCAGAGAGUGAAGGUGAAGAUUUUGCAGCAGGUCCAGGAUCAGCUCAGUGAUAUUCUAGACACAACACUGACCGAGCCUGUCCAUGCGUCCGUUAAUGGAAAGACGUCUAACAUUUCUUCACCUCGAUCUCACAGGAUGGACGAUGGAAAAGUGUUUAUGGACCGAGCAUCACUGCUUGAUGAGUUGUUUGAGAUCAGCCACAUCAGAACCAUCUACCACAUGUUUGUCGCUGUGCUGAUCAUCUUCUGUGUGAGCACGCUCGCUGUAGACUACAUCGACCAGGGCAGGUUGGUCCUGGAGUUCGACCUGCUCUUCUACGCCUUUGGCAAGCUGGGAACAGUCACCUGGGUGUGGGCGCUUAUGUUCGUCUACACCCUGCUGGUUCCCUACUACACACUACUCUUUUGGGGUUCUUUUUACCACCGGUGCCCCUCAAAGUUGGGGCUGUCCGUGUGCACGGCUUUGGUCCUGGCUGCCCUCCAGGCAUCAGUUCUUGGACUUCUGCCCAUCUACGCAGUGGUACAGCACCAGCUGCCACCAGCCUCCCGAUUCAUAGUCAUAUUGGAGCAGAUUCGAUUUCUUAUGAAGAGCUACUCGUUUAUGAGGGAAUCUGCCCCUGAAAUUUUGAAGAACACACCAAAACAAGGGGAAAAGGUCCACAUCCCAACAUUUUCCACUUACCUUUACUUCCUUUUCUGUCCUACUCUCAUCUACAGGGAAUCAUAUCCCAGGAACACACACAUUAGGUGGAAGUACGUCGGUGUCACUGUGACCAUGAUAUUAGGCUGCCUGUUUUACGGCUACUUCAUCCUGGUGCGCCUUUGUGUGCCCGUGUUUACGUCGGAGAGCCACCAGCCUUUCAGCAAGCGAGCUAUGGUCCUCGCUGUCUUUCAUUCCAUACUACCAGGCAUCAUGCUUCUCCUGUUGUGCUUCUUUGCCUUCCUGCACUGCUGGCUCAACCUCUUUGCAGAGCUGCUCCAAUUUGCUGACAGAAUGUUCUACAAGGACUGGUGGAACUCUACGUCCUUCGCUAACUACUACCGCACGUGGAACGUGGUGGUGCACGACUGGCUAUAUUACUACGGAUACAGGGACUUCCUCUGGCUGUCAAGGCGGAAAUUCCGCACGGGCGCCAUGUUGUCCGUCUUCAUCGUGUCUGCCGUGGUCCACGAGUACGCCUUGGCCAUGGGCUUCGGCUUCUUUUACCCAGUCAUGUUUUUCCUCUUCGCCAUUUUCGGAGUUGUCUUUAACUUCACCAUGAAUGACAAGCGCCAGAGCCCCGUGUGCAACAUCAUCAUGUGGCUGUCUCUAUUUGUGGGUCAGGGGGUGCAGGUGUGCCUCUACUGUCAGGAGUGGUACGCGCAAAUACGAUGUCCUCGCACAGGGAAUAGCAUUUGGGAGCUGGUGACACCGCGUUCCUGGUCGUGCAGCCACCAAAAAUGA